AACGGGUUCUGAUAUCCGGAUAUGAUAAAUCCCCCCGAGAUUAUUUUAAGACUUACAAAUAUACAACAUGGAGGACAUUAACCGAUAGGAGAUGAAAAUAAGAAUUUUGAAAUAAUAUUAAUUCACCUAAAUCGAGAUGGGUAACAAUGCUUCCCAACUAGAGAAAGAAAUCGGCUCUGAACAGCUUCCUGCAAAUGAGCAUUAUUUUGGACUUGUUAAUUUUGGGAACACCUGUUACUGCAACUCAGUUCUACAAGCCUUGUACUUCUGUCGACCGUUCAGAGAAAGAGUUCUUCAAUUCAAACAACAUCAGAAAAACAACAAAAAGGAAUCUCUACUGACAUGCCUGGCAGAUCUUUUUUAUAGCAUAGCUACACAAAAGAAAAAAGUGGGCACCAUUGCACCAAAGAAGUUCAUAACUCGACUGAGGAAAGAGUAUGAACUCUUUGACAAUUUUAUGCAGCAAGAUGCUCAUGAAUUUUUAAAUUAUUUGCUGAACAGAGUUUCAGAGCUUCUUCAAGCAGAAAAGCAAGGAAAUAAAGGCAAAACAAAUGGAGCAGAAAAUCAGAAUAAAACAGAACCAACUUGGGUUGAAGAAUUAUUCCAGGGCACAUUUACCAAUGAAACUCGUUGUCUCAAUUGUGAAACGGUGAGCAGUAAGGAUGAAGAUUUCUUGGACCUCUCUGUAGAUGUGGAACAGAACACUAGUAUAACACACUGUUUGAGAGGCUUCAGCAGUAUGGAGACUCUUAGUGCCGAGCACAAGUAUUACUGUGAAGUGUGUUGCAGCAAACAGGAGGCUCAGAAAAGAAUGAGGGUGAAGAAACUUCCUCAGAUUUUAGCUCUACAUUUAAAAAGAUUUAAGUACAUGGAACAAAUGAAUAGGUUUACAAAGCUCUCCUACCGCGUCGUCUUUCCACUUGAACUUCGACUGUUCAACACGUCUGAUGACGCCUGUAAUCCUGACAGAAUGUACGACCUUGUUGCUGUGGUAAUACACAUAGGAAGUAGUCUCAAUCGAGGUCAUUACAUCAGCAUUGUCAAAAGCGAUGGCUUCUGGUUGCUGUUUGAUGACGAUAUUGUAGAUAAAAUAGACUCCAGUACAAUAGAGGAUUUCUAUGGAAUCCCUUCAGACCUGCAGAAGAAUUCAGAGACUGGCUACAUUCUGUUUUAUCAGUCAAGAGAGUAGAGUGCAAUGCAAUCUCACCACUGUGUAGCAAUCGACUAUGUCUGGCAUGUUUUUGCUGUUCAUCAGCUGUUUAGAGUGUAUGUACUUUUAUUCAUACUGUAAUUUAUGUCACAUUGAAGAUGAACUAUUUCGUAAUGUAUGUGAAUCAAUGACCAAAGUAUUUAUUGAUGUUCCUUACAUUGUUAAUUGUGAUUCAACGGGUCAUAUUGUUAUGACAGAAUUACCUUAUUUCUCCAAAUGUGAUAUUGUUUUAUUCACAUUCAGUCAGAGUUGUUAUUCCAUUGUGUAGGGUAUGUCUUUUGGUAUGUCUUUUUAAAUCUUUCAUGGUGUGAUAAUGGUUGCUUAAAUUUUCCAGAAAGUUGAUUAAUAAUUGAUAUUGUGAUCAUGUUUACUUGGGUAUCAUCCCUCAUGUGCAUGGUACAAGGAUGUUGAAAUUUGUUACAUGCUGAAUGAUGUACAUAUUUAAUUUUCUUGGAAUUGAAGAAUGAUGUUAUUUAAUUGCAAGCUAAUGUGUAAAAGAUUCAUUGUCUGAUUGUUGAUUGAGUACUACGUAAUAUCAGAUUAGCAUUUAAAUUGGACUGGACAGCUGUUUUAUUUAUAUAAAUGUAUAUUUUUAGCUUGCUUGGACUAAUGUCCAGAGAGCUAUUGACUUUGUGAUACCUCUGAUAUCAUCACAUUAUUUUUUUUGUUUUUUGGUUUUUUUUUGUCAAAUUCCAAUCACUUUUGAAGUUUAUAUUGAAUGACUUUAAUAUUUUUAGAGUAGCUCUCAGAUCUAAUCCCUUAAAUUUAUGUUAUUUUUUUAAAAUGUAUUUUCAAGUUAUUAAUAAGGUUAUUCAUUAAAAAAAAUUGCUUUUGGAUGAUUUUUUUUUCUAUAUCCUAAUAUUUAAAGAUAUUUAUUAGGCAAGACUUUCCUAUGUCAAGGAUAGGGUAGCAUUUUGUACAGAUUUUAGUAGAUUUCCAUCACAUCAAAGUCGACAAUAUGCUUCGAAACUACAUGUACAUUGCAUUAUACAAAUUUUUAACUAUCAUGGCAAGCUGUCUUCACGGAUUAUAAAGUGUAAACUGACCCAAAACAGGUUAUAUUGCAUAAUAUGCCCCAAAAUUGAAUUCAUUCCUUAAAUACAUAUGAAUUUAUCAUAAACUCGGGUAUUUACCUGCUAUUUUAUGCAUCAUAAAAUGGAUACACUGUCCAAGAAUGAAUAUUAUCAUGUACAUGUAUUCACUUUGGGCAUUUUUGAUAUCUUCAAUCAUAAUACAGUUAUAGUUGUUAGUAAAGAUUGUGCUGGACGUAAUUUAAUAUGUGUUUUAUUCCCCUAUUUGAUCAACUCAGAAAGAAAUGUCUCCCGUCUCAAAAUAUUUUAUUGCUGUAUCUCGAGAAAAUUUGAAAAUUGAUAUUUCAUAUCAAGUGUGUGAAAAAAAUUUUGUGAUUGUUCACCAAAAGCAUAUGUCUUUGUUCCUUUGUAACAGUGAUUAGCCCACUUAAACUCAUUCUUUACAGUUUUUGCUGAAACGUAGGACAUUUUUCAUCUUUACCUACCAAAGCAUAACAUGAUAUAUCAAAAUGGUGGAUCUGGAGGGGUCAUUAUGGACUGCUUAAAUGCCCUGCUGUGUCAACAACUGCUUCAAGAUCUGCAAUCAGUUCGACUGUAAUAAUCUUGUGUUGACUGUUGCAAUAUUGUCAUCUUUGUGAUCAGAAGUGACUGUUUCUGUUCACUGAUAUCGUUUAUCUUGUCAGACACCUGCUAGCUGUCAUGUAGAUGCAGAUCUUACUUCCUCAUUUAAAUGUGCUUCUGAAAUUUCACUGGUACAAUUAAAAUUGCAGACAAUGUUGAAUUUAUGUAGAGCUUUGAAAUUGUGUCUCUCUUUCUCUCUGUUGAAUUUUCAAAUGAUUUUAGUGUCUGGUUUAUCACUCAGCAUAGCUGAAAUUCUGAUUAAAGUUUGUCUGACAUUUGUCUCUAUGAGCUUCUCACCUUGUCAACUUAACACUUGUUAUUCACAAAAACCUCUGGACCAUUUCAAAUAUGCUUAGCACAAAGCAUCCUUAAGUGAAGGGGGUUCACUCAGUUUUGUUCAGAUCAAGUGUCUACAGUCAAGGAAAGGGAGAUAAUUGAGAAAUAAUGAUAGUAAGGUUGAUCAAAGCUGCUUUUCUCAAGAACCACUGAAGCAGAAAAGCCGACCCUACAUGAAAGUUUCUUUAUAUAAUGAAGAAUAAAGUUUGUUUAAACCAUGGGCCCUGGUGCCAGUAUGGGCCACAAUAGGGGCCCAAAGUUUUACAUAGGAAUGAAUGGAACCACAUGGGAACAAUUCAGUGAAUUGAUAUACAUGUACAAGCUUUCACACGAAAUGUAGAUUCAAUUUUAUUUACACCAUCACCUGUGGAACCACAAUAGGGUUUAAAUGUUUACAUGGGAAAAUAAUAGUCAUGGUCAAUCCAAUUAAAAUUAGAUGGAUCCUGUAUGUAACUGAGUGGAUCGAAUGCCUAAUUUUAAUUGGACUGCCUUAAGAGUCUUGGUGGGGCCACAACAGGGGUUUAAAGUUUUACAUAGGAUUUUUUUUUUCAGUAGCUUCUCGAGAACCAUAAAGAUGUAAUUUGUCAAAUUAUUUUUUGAGUAUCCUCAUGUAAUGUGAGAUUAGGAUUGUCCACAGCAUGAUUCAUGGGGUCUAGGUCAGGGCUAGAAGUAGGGAUUUAAUUAUCUCAAGAUUGAACCACAAGGACAAACUGGUUCAAGGGCAAACUAUGUCAAAUCAUAGUAAUAUGCAUUCAUCAUUCAAGAGUUACCUAAGCCAGGGUGGAGCCAUAAUAUAGAUUUAGUGUAUUAUUAAUGAAAAUGCAAUGGCUCAGGUGAGAGAUGUGGCCCCAUGACCUCUUUGUUUUAACAUUUCAUUCCACUUUACUUUGAAAUUGAGACAAAUUGUAUGAAGAUAUUACCUUAAACUUCAUGCUGUCAGUUUUAAAGGUCAUUACUGUAUGUCUUCUUGCAUUACGUGGCUCUUGUAUAUAUACUCAAGACUAACAUCUGAAAUUGAUACCAAAAUGCACCAAGUUUAUGUGCUAAUCACAAAUAUCUGUAUUUUGUGUUAGUUAUUGACACGGAACCAUGGUGACAGGUAAUGAGAAGCUAGUGAAAAGGGGAGGCAUGGAUUGAUAUCACUGAAUGUUGUGGUCCCAGCAUUGCUUAUUUUACUUGGCUAUCAAGUUUGUGAUAUUGUCUUGUUUGUGAUAUUAUUGCUCUUACUGUGUAAAUAGAUUGUGUGAAAUUCCAUGCAUGUUGUACAAAUGUAGAUAAUUUUUGUGUACAAACAUGAUAUGUAUAUUUGAUAACCAAGAUUAAAAAAAAAGGAUAUGUUAAAAA